CCCAACCUUUCCGCCGCGUCGUCUCCUUGGUCCUUCCUCCGCCCCGCCGCAAAAACCCUAGCCGCAACAGCUUCUUCUGCCUCCACGGUGCCCAAGCCGCGACCUGACCUAUCUCUUUCUCCAAGCCGAUGGCGGGCGGCGGGAAGAAGGAGAAGGGCGAGGGGCUCGGGCGCGCGCUGAUCCGGCAGCGGAACAAGGCGGCGGCGGCCGCCAAGGAACGGGGCGAGGCGCUCGCCUUCGGCCGCCGCCGCGCGAUGCCGCUCGAGUCCGUCAUCGACGUCAGCGACAUCGACGCCGUGCUCCAGCGGGCCGCGGAGGCAGACCAGCUCGCCGAGGCCGCGUCCGUCUCCUCCGACUCCGACCUCAUCAUCGACCUGGAUGCGACGGGGGAGACGGAAGACGAGAGGCGGCGGCUUCGUAAGGAGCAGGAGGCCUUGCACGCCAGCAGCCUCAGGGUUCCCAGGCGACCACCAUGGCAUAGUCAGAUGACGGUGGAGGAGCUUGAUGUGAAUGAGCGGCGUGCCUUCCUGGUGUGGCGCAGGAAUCUUGCGAGAUUGGAAGAGAAUGAUAAGCUUGUCCUGACUCCCUUUGAGAAGAAUAUUGAUAUUUGGAGACAACUCUGGAGAGUGCUUGAACGCAGUGAUUUGUUGGUUAUGGUGGUUGAUGCUCGGGAUCCUUUAUUCUACCGCUGCCCUGAUCUUGAGGCAUAUGCAAAGGAAAUUGAUGAGCACAAGAGAACAAUGCUCCUUGUUAACAAGGCUGAUCUGUUGCCGUUAAAUAUCAGGAAGAGAUGGGCUGAUUAUUUUAAGGCACAUGAUAUUCUCUAUGUGUUCUGGUCGGCUAAGGCUGCCACUGCCACAUUAGAAGGCAAGAAGUUAAGUGGAUACUCUGAAGAAGAAUCUGCUUCUCUUGACUUGGAUACCAAGAUAUAUGGCAGAGAUGAACUGUUGAUGAAGCUGCAAGCUGAGGCAGAGUCUAUUGUAGCUCAGAGAAGGACCUCAACUUCUGUAGAUGAUCAGGAAGCCAGUUCUUCAGAUUCUGUUUCUUCAGUGGCUAAGCAUGUAGUUGUUGGAUUUGUUGGCUAUCCAAAUGUUGGAAAGAGUUCAACAAUAAAUGCUUUGGUUGGGGAGAAGAGGACUGGUGUUACUCACACACCUGGCAAGACAAAACAUUUCCAGACACUGAUAAUCUCCGAAGAGCUCACUCUGUGUGAUUGCCCUGGUCUGGUCUUCCCAUCCUUUUCAAGCUCAAGGCAUGAGAUGGUGGCAUGUGGUGUGUUGCCGAUUGAUAGAAUGACAAAGCACCGGGAAGCUAUUCAAGUUGUUGCAGAUCGUGUCCCAAGGGAUAUCCUUGAGCAAAUUUACAAAAUCACCUUGCCAAAGCCAAAGCCAUAUGAACCUCAGUCUCGGCCGGCAACUGCUGCUGAGCUAUUGCGGGCCUACUGUGCAUCUCGUGGGCAUGUCAGCCAUGCUGGGCUGCCUGAUGAGACUAGGGCUGCUCGACAGAUUCUGAAGGAUUAUAUUGAUGGUAAAAUCCCACACUAUGAACUCCCCCCUGGUGUAACAGACUCUGAGAUGGAUCUUGAACAAACCACUGGUUCAGAAGGUCCAACUACUUCAGCAGCUAAUGAAUCAGAUGCUGAUGAUCUUGAUGAAGAGGAUGGGGAUACAGUUGAUCCUGCUGAACCAGACAUGAGAGAUGUCCUGGACGACCUUGAAUCUUUUGACUUGGCCAAUGGAGGGUCCAAAACUACUGCAAAGAAGAAGAAAGAGGCAUCUCACAAGCAUCACAAGAAGCCCCAGCGGAAGAAGGAUCGGUCCUGGAGGGUUGGCAAUGAUGGUGGAGAUGGAACAGCAGUUGUAAGGGUGUACCAGAAACCUGCUGUUAAUUUGUCCACGGUCAGUGCAAGCGGCAGGGUCUGAUGCCUCAACUUACUGCUUGCAGUUGCACAACCACUCGGCACACAUGGGCAAGAGCAUGUGAUCUUUUACUGUAACAAUGGCUGAAGCUACUUCGAUGGAACUGAGAAAAGAGUGCUAAGCAUGAGAGUUUGCAAAACCUUGGAAACAGCGGGCCCUGAACCUGUGUAGCCCUUGCGGCCUAACCAUAUAUAUGCUUUGAGUUGUAGCGUGGUAGAUACAUACUACAUCAGGUGGCAUGUGCUGUUUUAUUUGUUUCCAUGUCUUACAUAGUUGCAAAUAUACCUUGAUAUGUGAAAAAUAAAAAUUAUUCAGAUGAUUGAUACUGUUAAGUUGCAAUGUUUGGAAUUUUUUUUUUGA